AUGGCUUCGACACGCAAAGCAAGAGAGUCAGUACGUGCAAAUGCAGCUAAUUUUGAAAGUGUUGUGGCUCAGUGGUUUGAAGAAGAUGAUUCUUACGGGGAAGGAAAUAUUUUUGAAGAUGCAAGUGGUGAAGAAUCAGCCAAUGAACCUGCAGGUGUGAAUAUUGAGGCAGAUGACAGUCCUUCCGAUAAUAUUACUUCAUCAGAGUCUGAAAAUGAAGAACCACCGCAAAAAGGUAUAGAAGACUACGUAUACAUUAGUCGGAAUGGAACGAUUUGGAAAUUAGAUCCUCCUGCAACUUUUCGUAUGCCUGUCCAUAAUAUCGUAAAGAAGGCACCUGGUCCAGCCCGCGGUUUGAAAACCAGUAAACCUAAGGAUGCCUGGGACUGUUUCAUCUCCAAGGAAAUACUAGAGGAAAUCAUCAACUGCACAAAUUAUGAAGGCAGAAUAGUGGCUGCUUUACGGGGUAAAACGUGGAAAAACGUUUCGCUUGCUGAAAUGGAGUGUUUUCUUGGUCUUUUACUGCUUUCUGGUGUUGAGAAGAGUUGGGAUGUCCCUAUUAGAGAAUUAUUCUUGGAUGAAAAGGCAAAUCCUACAUAUAAGGCCACCAUGUCAGUAAACAGAUUCGAGGAUAUAAGGAGAAUGAUUAGAUUUGAUGACAGUCAUACCCAUGAAGCUCAAUCUGCAGAUGACAAACUUGCAACUGUUCGCUGUGUAUGGGAACUAUUGCUUGACAAGUGUAGAAAUAGAAUGAUUCCCAAUGAUUCGCUCACAGUUGACGAACAGCUAGUCCCAUUCCGUGGAAGAUGCAGCUUCACCCAGUAUAUGCCCUCUAAGCCAGCCAAGUAUGGCAUAAAAAUAUUUUGGUUAUGUGAUGCUACAUCUGCAUAUGCUUUAGACAGAAUUGUUUACACGGGAAGGAAGCCCCAUGAACCUAUUCAGAAAAAUCUUGGAUUGAAUGUGGUGAAAGAUCUUGCUAAAAGCAUUGAAGGAUCAUAA